CCGGUUCUCGACAGCGAGGUCCCGCCUUGAAUCGCCUCUUCUUCCUCUGCCCUAUGUAGGCGGGCAGGCGCUUGGACGACAGGUGCUUCGGACGCUGCGGCGGGCUUGGCGGCUGAGCCUCUCCCGGCCCUUCCGAUCUCGCCAUGAAAAAGGCUGGCUUGGACAACCCGGCUUUCCAGACCUCCAACCCGGAUCUUCUCGACCCGCAACUCCCCUCGGUCACCCCGAGUAUCUUGCAGUCGCAGAGUUUUGAUCCGGACGAGCAACUCUGCGGGAUCGGCCGGUGCACCCCUCGCGCCCUGCAGGUCUGCAACAACGUCAAAGGCUACUUGGUCUUCUACAGCCUCCUCUCCGUCUUCCAAGGGAUUAUUGUAAAUGGAUUGAUAAAUGUGAGCAUUUCUACCAUUGAGAAGCGUUAUGAUUUGAGCAGUUCCCUCACUGGCGUAAUCUCUGCUGGUUAUGACAUUUCAUUCUCCGUGUUAUGCCUUUUUAUAUCCUUCUAUGGUGAAAGAGGUCACAAACCAAGAUGGCUGGCUUUGUCCUCUUUUCUGAUUGCUUUAGGAGCAUUAGUAUUUUCUUUGCCACAUUUUACUAGUGAACCAUACACAUAUGGAGAAAAAGCAGAAGACAUCUGUCCAGUACCUCUUUCUGGAGGCCAAACCAUCUCCUGCCGCCCUGGCAGCAGAUCAAAACUUUCCAACUACUUCUAUGUUUUCUUGCUGGGUCAGUUCCUCUUAGGAGCAGGUGGAACUCCUCUGUACACACUGGGCACAACUUUCAUCGAUGAUAGUGUCCCAAAGCACCAAGCUUCAGUCUAUAUAGGAAUUGGAUAUGCCAUGUCAUUGCUGGGUCCUGCCAUUGGCUAUGUUUUAGGAGGACAGUUGCUGAAUAUCUAUGUUGAUUUCAAUCGUAAUAUAAGUGUAGACCUCACUCCAGAAGAUCCACGCUGGGUUGGAGCUUGGUGGAUAGCCUUUGUGAUAUGCAGCUUCUCUACAUGCCUUUUAGUAGCACCAUUUUCAUAUUUCCCAAAGCAUUUGCCAGGUACAAGCAAAAUACGAGCAGAGAAGAUUUCUGAAGCACAUCAUAAUGGAAAACAGACCUGUGAAUAUACUGGGAAGAGUAUUAAGGACUUUCUUAUGAUUCUCUGGAUGCUGCUGAGGAAUCCCGUGUUGAUGUAUCUUGUAAUAGCAGCUGCAUUAGAAGCUUUAGUCGCUACUGGUUUUGCAACUUUCUUGCCUAAAUUUAUAGAAAAUCAGUUUGGAUUUACAUCUAGCUAUUCAGCUACCUUAGGAGGACUUGUCUUAAUCCCAGGAGCAGCACUUGGCCAAAUCAUUAGUGGUACCUUAGUUUCCAAGCUCCAAAUGAAUUGCAAAACUAUAAUCAAGUUUAUUAUUGUUACUUGUACUAUGGCACUGCUAUUAAACUUGGUGUUUGCAAUUGCUAAAUGUGGGAAUGAACCAUUUGCUGGUGUUUCUGAAACUUAUAAUGGGACAGGCAUGUUAUCGAACUUAACAGCACCCUGCAAUGCCCAUUGUAGAUGUUUGCGUUCAGACUUUUUGCCCAUCUGUGGUGCAGAUGAAGUCCAGUAUUUUUCUCCAUGUUAUGCAGGAUGUACUGCUAUUGUUCCUCAGAAGCAUGGAACGAAGCACUACAGCAAUUGUUCCUGUGUUAUGAAUCCCAUAGUUGAAAUUCAGAAUACCUUCCAUGGGGCCACGUCUGGAAAAUGUAAAUCUAAAUGCAAAGUCCUGCCUUGGUUCCUUAGCUUCUUCUUUUUUGCGGUUGUUUUUACUUUUAUGGCAGUUACACCAACAACUGUGGCCAUUCUCAGAUGUGUGCCAGAAAAUCACAGAUCAUUUGCUUUGGGUGUUCAUAUGCUCUUUCUACGAAUAUUAGGCACUAUUCCUGGCCCGAUACUUUUUGGUAUCUCAAUAGACGAUUCUUGCACUCUCUGGUCUGUAGAUAAAUGUGGACGUAAAGGAGCAUGUUGGACCUAUAACAACAACAAAAUGGCAUAUUUGCUAUUUGGUAUAAGUGGCUGUUCCAAAGCAGUUUCUCUAAUUUUUACUAUCACAGCAUAUGUGUUAUAUAAGCCUCCCCCAGAUAUUAUUGCAGAUUCGAAAACACAAGAUCAAACAAGCACUUCAGUACGUCUUUAAACGAGGAGGAACUAUUCUUUCAAGAGAAAGUCAAAGAAAAAAUCUCAGUGAUGUCCAAUGGCAGCUGUAACUUCUGAGUACCAGCACUGGAGGACUCUGAGCAAGUCAUU